CAACCCGUUUUGAGUGUCACACUGGUGUAAUCUCUCUCUCCAUGGAAAUACUGGUUCAGCUCGCGAAAUCAACAACACCUGGAAAUAAAUAGCCAAAUAAUUUCUCAGCAAAGCAAAACUAUAGCCUGAAAAAAUAAGAGCCACACAUAACACAGGAGGACGCUGAUUGUGGAUGAUUUUGGAGCCGGUGUGAUCUAAGAGCAGCCAUGGAUCCGGUUAUUGAAGUCGUAGCUUUAUUUCUGGGUUUUGUGAGUUGGGUCAUGGUUGGCAUCACAAUCCCGAACCGCUACUGGAAGGUGUCGUCGUUGGACGGGACAGUGAUCACCACCUCCACCCUGUACGAGAACCUGUGGAUGUCCUGCGCCACGGACUCGACCGGAGUGCACAACUGCCGCGAGUUCCCCUCUCUGCUCGCCCUGUCCGGUUAUAUCCAGGCAUCGCGCGCGCUGAUGAUCGCGGCUGUGGUGUGCGGCUCGUUCGCGGUGGUCGCGACACUCAUCGGCAUCCAGUGCUCGAAGGCCGGCGGGGAGAACUACCUCCUGAAGGGCAGAAUCGCCGGAACCGGAGGCGUGCUCUUCCUGCUGCAGGGUUUGUGCACGAUGGUAUCAGUGUCAUGGUACGCUGCGAAUAUCACUCAAGAGUUCUUCAACCCGCUCUACCCCGGGCAAAAGUAUGAGAUUGGAGAGGCUUUAUACAUCGGCUGGGCCUCUGGUGUUCUCUCCAUCUGUGGAGGAGCUUGUCUCAUGUUCAGCUGCAAAUUAGGCUCAAACGAGAAGACUGGUUACCCCUACCAGCCCACGCGAGAAACGGUUUACUCAACGUCCACAUCCAGGAGAGAAGCUCAGAGCACUUAUGGAAGAAAUGCCUACGUCUAGAUGAAGCAAUUCUGGUCAACUUCAUGGCCAAACAUGAUAUUUUAAUAUAACAGUUGACUGUUAAUAUUCUGUCUGUGCCAUUAUGUAAAUAUUUAUAGAGACGCACUGGCAGUUUUUGGCCUCCUAAGAUAAUCAUGUAAAAUGUUACCAUGUCAGUUUUGCUGUGCAAAAACACCCAGGAGAACAUUAUACAGAAUUAAAGAGUUAGGAAUUAGAAUUACAUAAUGAAAAUGCUUCGAUUUUGUUCAGAAUUCUUUUGCCGUAGUUACAUGAAUCAAGGUGUAUGUAGAAAAGAAGGAUUCAUAAUGUGUUGAUGAUCUUUUCUCCAUUUAUUUGUACAAAUGACCCUGUUUUAUAUGAUGUAUUUUAUACAAACAUUAAACAUACAUGACAUUAAAAAGGCCAUUAUGUA